CUCGGUAAUGGCGGCCAGAACGCUGAGGGGAGAUAAGGGAAUGUGAAGUCUAAGGGGGGAAAUGGCGGCGGGGAAGGAGGCGGGAAAGGAGGCCUCGGGGCUCCUGAGGGAAGCCUCUGAGGGAACGGCGCCGAGCGGGGAAGGAGGCUCCUGGAUCCCGCGGACGUUUGCGGCGGUGUUCCGUAGCUCUUCGUUCCGGCUGUCCAUCGGCGAGUCCCGCCUGGAGGCCGUCACCGUGUUGGCCCUGGAGCGCUACGCCGCCGACCUCCCUCCGCCCAGCCUCUGCACCUGGCAGAGGCCUCCGGCGGCCCCUUGGCCCUCGUACUACUACGACGUGACGCUGUGGGACGGGGCCUUGGCCGAGCGCUGCCACCUCUCCCCCGAACUCAACCCCUUGGUCCACAGCAACGCCCUCCGCUGCGGCGCCCGCCUCCGGGUCACUCGGUGCUCCUAUGUCUACAACGAGAAGAAGAUGCGCUACGGCUUCCUCUGCCUCGAGAGGCUCCAGUUGCUCCCCGGGGAGGAGGAGGAGGGCGGCCCCCUUCCUCCUCUGGGCCCCGGAGGCAGGGAGGAGUACAGCCAGAAGCCCCCCGGGCCCCUCAGGGGCGCCAAGGUGCACUACCUGCCCCUCUGGGACAACGAGCAGCCCUGCGGGGAGAUCUGGGCCCAGAAGGAGCCGGGCCCAGGGGCCUCGGUCGACGAAUCCAAGUUAACUUCUCUCUUACAUCUGGAGCUGAGCUGGAGGACUAAACUGAAUGUCAAGCCUUUGCUGGUUAGAAUUAUGCAUAAAUCAAGGUUACGGUAUUAUGGGAAACCUGAAACAAAAUUUGAUAUACCAUAUCAGGCCUAUUUUGAAGUGGCUGAUCAUUCUGGUAUGAUGUCGAUGGUGCUGUGGAACGCUUUAUGCCCUGAGUGGUAUAACAGUAUGAAGAUUGGUACAGUGCUGCUCCUUGAACAAUAUGCUGUUAAAACAAGUUACCCUUUUAGAACACAUCCAGCUCCCGGAGAUUUGCACAUGCAGAGAUUCUCUUCAAUUGAAAUCACUUUGAAUGUUCGAGACCCUCCAACUAAGAUCAACAUCAUUCCUGAACAUAAAGUUAAAGCAGAGUGGAAGUUGCCUGAAGUUAAAUAUCAGUUUAUAACAAGGUCAGAAUUAGAUAACUUACCAAACAAUCACUUCUGUGACAUUAUCGGACUUGUACAAUAUGUCGGAAGGACUGAACGUACAAGAAAAAGGGAACAUGGAGAAGAUUUUUGGAUUUAUCGAUGGGUGCAUGUUAUUGAUGGGACUUCAGAGCAGCCUUUCAUACUGGAAUUGUUUGCUACAUCUCAACCAGAGAUAUUUGAACAAAUCCACCCAAUGACAUAUUUGGUAUGUACACAGAUGCGGGUGAUACGGGAUACAGCUGAGAAUAAGUCCUGUCCAAUUUACCUGACAACUUCUAAUGAAAGUCAGAUAUUUAUUACAGGAUGGCACAAAGGUCAGCCAUAUACAAAAGAUACCAAAGUGAAAAACUUUAUCCAGUGGAUUAAGACACAAAAGGAAGCUUCUCAUAUGGAAAGAAUGGCCAUGGGUGGAUAUUACCCUUUCCCACCAGUCCCAGACGCUUUUUGGAAGUAUUGUAAAAAUCUUAAAGGUAUUAUGUUUUGUUUCAGGGGAUUACUCUUUGCAGUUGAAUCAGUUUUGACAACCAUCCGGGAAAUGGAGAAGAAGAUUGAAAGCCUGCACUACAGGGAGCAUAAGCGCAUUGCUUUUCCGGGGAUAAUUAGUGCUAUAAGAUAUGUCAGCUGUAGCAAUACAUCUCAAGAUGCCUCAGAAGUGGAACCAAUGCAGAUCACCAGAAGGUCAUCUUUACAGACCUUUGUGACAGACAAUGAACAUAAUGAUCAUGUUAAGGAAGGAAGUAAAAGGUAUCCACAAACUGAAGAAGCAACCUCUAUGCGGAGAUCACCAUCUGUGGAGCAGCAACACAUAGAAACCAGAAAAGGUCGAGCAAAGAGAAAGAUUGCAGCUGUGGAGACAAGAGACCCUCCUGAAACUCCUCAGUCUUCUUACUUCACAAGAUCAGCAAACAAGAGAAUAAUGUUGCAUAAACAAAACCUACUUUCAAAGAACAAAAGCCAAGACGUGAAGGAAGCAACACAGUCCUCUAAAAAUAACAAAGAAAUAGCUGAUGUGUCUGUGAGAGUUCAAGCAGAGAGGAUGUGCCAUAAUUCCUGGGAAAGUGCUCUCUGGGCAGCAGUAAAAGACAACUUAACACAACAUUUAAACUACAGCAGCGUUUUCCCAGAAAGCUUUCCUUGUAAAUUUAAUUACACACACAAAGAAUUCCUUAUGCAACAAUACAAUCUUCAGGCUGCCAGAUGGAAACCAAAAGAGUGUGUAACAAAUGGGAAAAUGGCUAACUUUGAAAGUGCCUGUCCUCCUGAAUACUAUGAAGUGGCUAUUCUUGGCAUAAAUCGUGACAUAGCUAUAGAUGUUGCUUUCCUGCCUGUAUGUUGUCCUGAAGAUUCCCAUUUAUUUCGAACUGAAGGUGCACCCAGUUAUGCAGUGUCUCACCCAAGUGAUACUUCAUGUCCACAGGAGACUGUUAACAAAGAAGGGCACUCUGAGAUAGUUUCACUUUCAGAUGAAGUUGUAAAAGCAGCUGCUGAUCUGGAGAAACAACAUGUCAUCUGUAUCCUGGAUAUCUGUUCUUUAGGUGAAAAUAAAGUUGAAGUCUUUCUUAACAAAGUCUACAAAAUAACAGACGCUGACAUAGCACACCAAACAUAGCUCAUUAAGGGACAGAUAUCUGUACUAUUAAACUAUGAAGAAGAAUUAAUGUGCAUCAGAGCAUGUUUUUCUUACCACUUCUCCAGGAACCCAUGAAUACUUAACAUUGUAAAAGAAAGUUUGUGAUCCUUGGGACCAAAAAGGAUGCUUUUCUACAGAAGCCACAUUACCACGUGUUACAUCCUGACAUCCUUCUGUGUAUUUUAGGCUCUACAAAGGGCUCAGAUACUGCUCUUUCUUCGUGGUAAAUCUGUGCAUGGGUGGAAGAAGAACUUGGCUUUCAACUACUGACAGUUUAAUUGGUAGGCAUUUAAACUUUGUGAUGUUCCCCAACUUUCAUCUUAAUCAAUAGUGAUCUACUUGGAGUGAUUUUUUUUUUUUUUGUCUUCCAAGUAUCACUGAAGCCAAAUGAGGCCUCUCAGAAAGAUCUGCCAAAAUUAGGUUGUCCUAUCAAUGUCUCUCAUUGACAAUCACAGAGUUGUGGGAGGGACAAGGAAAUUGUCUAGGAUUUCUGAAUGUAAAAUGCAAACUCCUGGUUUCUGAAAAUGACUACCUGCACUUUCUUUUAGAAGCCAACAUGACACUGUGCUAGGAAGGGUGCCCUUUUUCCUCUCCAGCCCUUAUGUUUGCUGUGCCAAAUGUGAGAAUAAUUACAGUGUCAGCUCUUUUUUAUAAAGUUUCUCUGUCCCCAAAGCUGGCGAGCUCUGAGCAAAACAUCAUUCAAAUGAUAAAUGAUCAUUUGAGUUGUUGUAGAAAUGGAAAUGAAGUGUAACUGCCAUUGAUGCAGAACUAGUGGUUUAGCUCAGCCAUGGGAAAUCCUGAGAUAUGCUUUCAGGAGAGGUGCUGAUACAGCUGUUGUGCAGUACAAAUGAAGGGAAAAAAUGGGUGUGUGUCUGUGGGUGUGCACUUGUGUCUGUAGUGCACAUGGUAUGUUUCUGUUGGCAGCACUGAAAAGAAUGUUCAUUCUAGAGUUGUGUUCAAGACUUUCUGUGUCUUGCAUUGCACUGUUGCAUCAAUAACUUAUUGAUACUUAGGCUUUUCAAAAUGUAAAUAUUCAAAACUGCAGAAAAUGUGGUAUUUGAAACUGUGUUUUUGUGUAUCUUUUUUAAAAAUAAAAAUAUAUCAGUGACUCACUUACAUAGGUAAA